AGCCCGCGCUGACGUCACUGUGGGCGGGGCUAAUCUGGCUGGCUGUGAAGAAGGAGACGGAGGAGUUUGUUGUUGUUGUUGCUGCUGCUGUUCUGGUUUGGUGGAGGAUUUACCGGCUGCUGCCGCGCCUGAAGAAGUUCUGACCCAGAGGAACGUUCACCGUCAGAGCCGCGGAGGAACCGGAACCGGGAGUCUCCUCUGAAACCCGUAGCGUCGAGCGGAACCAGCCCGGAAACGGCCACCAUGAAGUGGAUGUUCAAAGAGGAUCACUCCCUGGAACAUCGGUGCUUAGAGUCCACCAAGAUCCGCAGCAAGUACCCGGACCGGGUCCCGGUGAUCGUGGAGAAGGUGUCCGGCUCGCAGAUCGUGGACAUCGAUAAGAGGAAGUACCUGGUUCCGUCCGACAUCACGGUGGCCCAGUUCAUGUGGAUCAUCAGGAAGCGCAUCCAGCUGCCCUCUGAGAAGGCCAUCUUCCUGUUCGUGGACAAGACGGUGCCGCAGUCCAGCAUCACGAUGGGGCAGCUGUACGACAAGGAGAAGGACGAGGACGGCUUUUUAUACGUGGCGUACAGCGGAGAGAACACCUUCGGCUCUUAGGGACCUCGCUGGAGCCCGUCUCUGACCCGACCCGGUUCAGUCCGGUCCGGUCCGGUGGGCCCCUGCGAGGGAGAGGUCCUGUCGGCGUUUGCUCUCCAACUUUCUACAGAUUCCCAU